AUGGAUCCCCCACCUGAGUGUUCUCUUUUUCUGGCCAGGAUUCUGGAAGAGCUGGACACUAAAUACAGCAGUGUCUCCUACCAGGAUCUGUGCAAGUCCCUUUGUGCCCGCUUUGACCUGGUCCAUCUCACCAAGCUGCAGAACCUCCUCUUCUACAUGGCCUGCCUGGACCCCAGCUUCCCUGCGACACUGUUCAGAGAGAAGAUGAAAUGCUCCCUGGAGGACCAGCAGUCUAGGAAGCUCAGGGCAGCAGCUGACAUCAUCACCAUGUUCAACCUGAUCCAGAUGAAUGAGGGGGUGGCCAAAGACAAGCUGCCCACUGUCUACAGGCCCAAGGUCCACAAGCACCAGUCAUUCGAGUCCUGCCUGUCGGGCACUGACGUCUACAGAUAUUCGGGCUGUGAUAGGACAGCCAGGGCCCCUCCUCUUCUGCAAGGCUCACCCUUCCCUAAAUCUGACUGCAGCAGCUGCCAACAUUUCAUUCCAACUUCUGACCUCAAAGUCCUCCUGGGAGUGAGAGGGGAACUGAUGUGCAGGGCAGCGUCUCUUGACAAGCUGCAGCACCUCCCGCGCUACAUGAACAGCAGUCCUCUGUCGCCCAGAGACAUGCAGAGCACGUAUUUCCCCAUGAAUGUUGACAGUGAGUCCAACACCAACCAGGACUCCCUGCAUAUCUCCACCACCACAGGUGCCACUAAGGAGACUCUGGACUCUGACGCUGAGCCCUUCACUAUGCAUUCCUGUGUCCAGAAGAGGAACAUCUUCAAGGGGGACUUCCACAACCUCUCUGCUUUUACACCCCAGGUGAUUGGCUAUGACCCCCAGACGGCUGUGCCAGCAGGCGGGGGUUACCAAAAGAAUGAGCCGAGGAAGUCCCCGAUGUUCUUGAACCACAGUUUUGAACUACCCUACAGUAACCCAUACUGCGAGCCAGCACGUUGCCCCGGUGCGGACUUGCGGCAGGUGAAGCAUGAGAGCCUGGAUGACCUGCAGACAUCCGCAUACUUUGGUCCAAUGACAAUGACUGAUUGUGUGAACACUCGGCGAGCUCCAGGGAAGCAGGGGAGGCAGCCAGCCUGGCUAAUCAAGAGCCUGAGCCUGAACACGGAAGAGGGUCCUAACUUUGAGCACUCUUUCCUCAGGCAGCCCAAGAAUGACCGCCCGCACCCUGCUGACAGCCUGGACGAGGAACAGCGCGACCAGGGUGCCAAAGAGAAGUCGGUGGUCUCAUUCUCCAGGUUUGGCAGCAAAACCAUGGUGCCUAAGACUAAAGACGCAAGCUCCAUGGCUGGAGGAGGAGGCACAGAGAGGAGGGAGGGCAUGAAGAGGUUCAAAGACAAGAGUAUAAACUGCACCUCAUUCCAGGGAGGGAGUGGGGAGACCGUGCUGAGUGUGGCACCCCAGACGGAGCACUGUGACCAGCGGCACUACUGGGACUUUGCUGCUCUCUGCAAGUAUGGGGAUAAGCAUCCGUUCACCACACAGUCUGAAGAGGACAGCGAUGACAUCAGUGAAAUCUUCCGCUUCCUGGAUGACAUCAGCAUGUGUGGCUCCACAGGAGUCAUCCAGUCAUCCUGCUACAACAGCAUUGCGUCCCUUUCUCAGGCCACCAAGUCAGAUGGGGACAGUUCACCUGAGCACAGCACUGUCAAGCUGGGCAAGGGUACAAGAAAGCUGGAGCGGCUGUUCCACUCCCUGGAGAGCACGGACAAUGAGCUGAAAGCCAGUGUCUGCAAGAUGGUCCUGCGGAUCGGGCAGAUUGAGAGGAAGCUAGAGUCGCUGUCGGGCGUCCAUGGAGAGAUCUCCCAGGUGCUCUCCAAGCUCAACAAGCUGGAUGAGAAGAUCCAGGAGCCAGAGGCAGAGGGCAGCCGGCAGGGUGAGGCGGUGAGACCAUUGAGGCACAUGCAGUGGAGGGGGGGGCCCUCAUAUGGUGGAUUCCACUGCCACACCACCGGGCACAGUGCCAAACCUGAUGCCAGCAAUGCAGACUGGUGCCAUUUUGAUGCCAAUGACGGAAUGGAGGACAGCCAGUGGGGCAAGAUCCCAAAAAAGGGGCUCUUCCCUCGGCGGUCAUCACGGUGCCUGACCAAGCAUAGCGCUACUGAGUCCAAAAUUGCUAGCAUCUUGAACUCGCAACAGGACUGGCAAGCUAUAUCCAGGUCAACCCAACCAGGGGAGGAGAGCAAUGCGAAGGACCAUGACAGCAAGGACUGGCACAGGAAGUCUAAAGAGGUACCUGGGGCAUUUAAGCUGAGCUCUGGGGAUGCCCCAAAGGACUCAUACCUGAUUGAGCAGGUGUUCAGCCCACACCUGUUUGCACCACCGGUGAAGCCACACCUGAAGGGCAGCCCACUGUACACAGACAUGAGGCUGACCGACCUUUCAGAUGGCAAGCAGCCGACACACCCACCCUGGACCCUCAACGAGUACAAGCAUAGCUCUGGUGACAAGAACAAGCUUGCUGCGCUGGACCUGCAAGUGCAGGAGUCACUGAACGCCAACAAUCUGGAGUACUGGAUGGAGGAUAUUUACACACCGGGCUACAAUUCGCUGCUGAAGCGCAAGAAGGCUGAGUUCCAGCGGGUGUGCAAGAUUGGUGCACUAGUCGUGGUAGUUGCCUGCACAGUGAUCCUUGUCAUCGUGGUGCCCAUCUGCACCAUGAAGUCUUGA